UUGUAUACUACACUAACAAGAUGGCUGCCUCCAUAAAUCGGGUACUGAGUCAGAAAGUAGUGGAUAUUACUCGGGUUUGUUGCUGUUUUAGAUUGAUUUCCACCUCUAGACACAUAAAUUGCAAACAAACUGAUAAUGUAAAUUCUAACGAUGAUUCAGUUGGACUAGACAGUCAGUCUUCUGAAGUCGAUCAGCCGUCGAAAUUAGGUGGCUUCGCCCAGGCCUUCGCAAAAUUCACCGACAGACUGGAAGAGCAACACAGAGCUGCUGGCCUCGCCAUGGAUGGAACCGAGCGACAGUCAUUCGCAACAUUAUUCAAACACUCCCCUCUUGUUCAUCUAGGAAAUUUUAAAGGUCAAAUAGUGAUUGGAAAAAUAUUCCAUAUUGUUGAAGACGAUCUGUACAUUGAUUUUGGAGGAAAAUUCCACUGUGUCUGUAAAAAACCUGCAGAAAAUGGGUCAAAAUAUGUCCGUGGAGCAAAAGUUCGUUUGCGGCUAAAAGAUUUUGAGUUGGCAGAACAUUUCCUCGGUGCGACAAGAGAUUUAACAUUACUAGAAGCUGAUGCACAUCUUCUCGGAUUGCUGGAAUUUCAGAAAACGAGCUCACAAAUAGACGAUAUUAUUUGAAAAUGAAAGGAAAACAGAGUGAACAGACGAAGGAUGAAAAAAAAAAAAAAGAUAACUUUGGGCUUAAUAUUAUUAAUAAAUCUUUGCAGAAAACUCAUUCAUGUUUAUUGUCUUUUAUGUAAAGACAGUAUCACAUGGUUGACUUAGGACAAUUACAAUGAUAACAAACAGAAUAUUCAAUUAACUCUAUUGACCAUUAAACAUUCUGUUAGUAACAUCUGUUGUCAGGGGUCCCAAGUUUGAAGUAGUCACUUCCAGGAGGUCUGGUUAAAAUGUACUUUUUUAACACAUUUAAUUUCAUUUUGCUGCACAAGGUGACACCCAUCGUCGCCAACUUCUGAGAGACAAUUGAUAAAUAAAUAGUUAAAUUUGCUCAAAUAAUUUCUAAGUCAAUCUUUUUACAUGCCAAAUUGUUGUGUUUUCCAUUAAUUAAUUAACAAUCUGCAAGUCAAAUUUUAUCCAAGACAAACAAUUUUUCAAUGAUAUUUUGGAUUUGACUUGGGCAAGUUGAACUGUAGUAAAAACAUGCAAAUAUUAUGAAUUUGCAGAAUAUGGGUCAUUUUCUGGGAGCUUCGUGCAUGCUUGGUGGAGUAUGGGAGGCCAUCUUGAUUUCUGGGAGACUCCCGCGAAUUUGCGGGCGACUUUGCGACCCUUAAUUUGUAGCAAUUUCUCCGAGUAAUAAUUUAAUUUUUGUGCUAUGAAUUUUGGAAUUAGCUGUAACAUCAUCCAGCGGACAUUCAUCAUUUGUAAAUUUGUUGCAUUUCUGCCCCCAAUGUCUAUAAUUGUAAUAAAUAAAAUAAAAUUACCUGUACAGGUAAAUUUCACUACAA